AGCGCCAACAAAAAUAGAGCAUAAGCAAAAAGGAAAAAAUUGAAAACGAAAAGUAAACUUUUCAGUUUUCGAAAAGCAAUUGAUAAACUAAAUUAUACGUGAAAUUGUAAUCAGUUCUAUAUUUUCGCUCUUUUUUUUGUACAUCUUUCGACUGCUGUCCAAGCUUUGAGCUUAUGAUAUAAUGUCGCGUUCGCUUAGUCGUGUAUUCGGACGCUGUGUGACAAGCUAUCUAUAUGUAAAUCCACUACAGGUGAAUAGGCCAGUAAACAGUCUGCUGGUGGUGAACUCGCCUCAAUCGGCUGGCGCUGCAGCAUGUUACUCCAAACGCAAUGGAACACCACCAGAUGCUGGUGAGCCCUUCAAGACUGUGACGAAAACGCGCAGCGUAGAUGAUGACGAUCUCAAUAGUUUGGAGAGCGAGCCAAAUUGGGAACUGACCUUGCAACGUCACAAUCGCUUCUAUUUGCCAAAUGCUACGGGACCUGCUUGGCAGGGUGGCACUACCACAGUCAGUCUAAUGGAGCCACUGUCGCAACUAGUUAAUUUCUUUAAAGACGCCAACCUGGACAACAGUCGGCUGGAGAUCACGUGCUGCCAAUGUCCCAUGCUAAUACGUGACUCAAUUUUUGAACUUUUCCCAGUGCGCCCAAUUGGACAGAAGGACUAUAAUAUAACACUGCUAACGUUGAGCUAUGAAGGCGACAUAGAACUGGGCGCUACCAAGUUUGUGUUAGCAGCUAGAGAAAUAAGCGAUCGCCUAUUAUCGUUAGGCUAUUGGGCUGAUUUUCUAAAUCCCUUCAGUGGGCGGCCAUACUUUUUGCCACGCGAUGGUUCCAUACUGUAUAAGCAGGAUUCUCGCUUUCGUGGCAUAAAUAUGCACAUGUCUAAGCAUAAUGAAUGUGUCUUCAUAGCCUCUGAGGAGGGUGAGCAGAGUUUCUCAGGUACCAUCUUUAGCACGGCACCGAAUAAUUAUGCGAUGCUGGUGGAACUGUUGGCGCCGAGCGAAUAUAAGCUCAGACUGCAUGAGUUACCAAUGCCACAGCAAUAGCAAAUGCAUAUAGUAGACUAAUUAGUGAAGGAUGCUGCAGCAGCAGUAUAAUUGUUAAAUGGACAAGAGUAAGACGUAGCCGUUUAGUGAUGGACAACUGUGUUAACUGUCAAGUUAUUUGUUCAAAACUUGUCUGCCCUAGACAUUGUGUACAAAUAUUUUUUACACACACACACACUAUAUAACACAAUUAAUGUAUAU